AUGCGAAUCUUCUCCUUAACACAAACGAAAUAUUUUAUUAUAUUUCUCUUUGUCGUGACCUUUGCUUUUGCAUCAAAUGUGAAAUUAACAUCGAAACGUCAGGUAUUCGCACCAACACAACGUAUUGAUUGUUAUCCGGAUUCGGAAUCUCCCUAUUCGAAUUACUCCAAAAUAUCAUGUCUAGCACGAAACUGUCUCUUUGAUGAUCUCGCCAAUGUAUCAACAAUUCAAUGUUAUCUACCAAACAACUAUGGAUAUGUUCUACAAUCCUUCAACAAUCGAACAAAUGGAAUUCAGUUCAAAUUAAAGCGAAAUGAAGCGAUUGGGAGUAUGUUUCCUGAUCCGAUUGAAAAUGUUACUUUAGAAAUUCAAUACUAUACGAAUGAUAUCGUUCGAUUUAAGUUUUAUGACUCUGAUCAGCAAAGAUAUGAGGUUCCAAUUCCAUUAACACCACCAGCUGAUCGAAUUGAUUUGCCAAAAUAUGAAUUCGACUACACAUCGGAUACCAGUCAUGAUCAAAUGUUUUCGUUUCAGAUCAAACGUCAAAGUGAUAAAUCGAUUUUAUUUGAUACAUCACUUGGCGGUUUGGUUUUGAAUAACCAAUUUCUUCAGAUCGUCACUCGACUCCAAUCAUCACAUGUUUAUGGGUUUGGUGAAAAUAAUCACGACACACUCAAACAUGAUGUUUCUGCUCGGCCAUCGUGGGGAAUCUUUGCACGAGAUCAAGGAACGAGUUGGGAUACGAAUUCUAAUCAUUAUGGUCAUCAUCCGUUUUAUCUUGUCAUGGAAGAGAAUUCUUCGAAACAAGCUUCAGGAUCGAUGCAUGGAGUGCUCUUACUGAAUUCUAAUGCAAUGGAUUAUUCAUUUGAUUCGACUCCAUCGUUAACAAUGCGUACAAUUGGUGGAGUUCUGGACUUUUUUGUUUUUCUAGGUCCUAAACCUGAACAAGUCGUUCAACAAUAUACAUGGCUGAUUGGACGAACAUUUCUUCCGCCAUAUUGGUCACUCGGCUUUCAAUUAUCACGUUGGGAUUACUCAAAUCUAACGCAUAUGAAAAUGGUCAAUCAGAGAAACCGUGAUGCUGGAAUUCCACUCGAUGUUCAGUAUGCUGAUAUUGAUUAUAUGGAUUCAGCACAAGUAUUUACCAUUGAUGCGAAACGUUAUCGAGGUCUCAAAGAAUACUUCGGAGAUUUGAACAAAAAUGGGGUUCGAACGAUUAUUAUUUUGGAUCCCGGAAUGUUCGAUGACCAGAAAUCUUAUCAGCCGACGAUCGAUGGGAUUAAACAAGAUGUUUUUAUGAAAUGGGAAAAUGGAAGUUUGAUGAGAGGAGCAGUUUGGCCGGGACCAGUUUUCUUUCCAGAUUAUUUUACCAAUAGAACCCAACGUUGGUGGGAAAAAUGGAUAACCGAGUUUCGGUCAGCGAGUCUUUCGUUCGAUGGCCUUUGGAUUGAUAUGAAUGAACCUGCUUUAUUUGAAACAAACGAUCCCGCUCCAUGGAAUUGGCUUGAAACUGGUAGUAAUUACACAUUGAAGUGCCCUUCGAAUCAAUGGGAGGAUCCACCAUAUCGCACGAAAUCGGUUUACCGUUGGGAUAAAAAAAUCAAUCGAAGUAGUCGUUUGUCCGAUCGAACAGCAUGUAUGUCUGUUCCACAGGGUGAAAUUAAUCCUGCCACAGGAAAGGCAAUGUACCGUCAUUAUGAUGUUCAUAGUCUUUAUGGUUGGAGUCAAACGAAACCAACGUUGGAUGUUCUUCAAAAGAUUCUCGGAAAACGAAGUCUUGUUUUGCCUCGCUCGACAUUUGUGGGCUCGGGCCAAUGGGGUGGCCAUUGGUUGGGUGAUAAUGAAGCCUCAUGGCAUGAUUUGAAACGAUCGAUUAUCGGAAUGAUUGAAUUUAAUUGGUUUGGUAUUCCGUAUAAUGGAGCAGACAUUUGUGGAUUUGAUAAAACACCAACAGAAGAAAUGUGCAUUCGUUGGAUGCAAGUCGGAGCAUUCUAUCCGUUUUCACGAAAUCAUAAUAUUUGGAAAACUCCCGAUCAAGAUCCAGCUGCUUGGUCUUCCUCAGCCGUUUCUAUCAUGAUCGAAGCCCUUCGCAUCCGUUAUAGUUUGCUUCCAUACUACUACACUUUAUUUUACAAAUCUCAUCUGUACGGUUCUACAGUAAUUCGUCCGUUAUUCCACGAAUACCCAACCGAUUCAAAAACCUUCGAUAUUUUCCUUCAAUUCCUCGUUGGACCAAAUCUUAUGAUAAUUCCCGUAACCGAUUCGGACAGUCGACAAGUCGAAGGGUAUAUCCCAUCCUCUGAAUGGUUUGAUUAUUAUACUGGUCAUCAGUACCUUUAUGCGAAACAGUGGAUCAACAUAUCGGCACCAUUAGAAAUCAUUCCGAUUUUACUACGAAGUGGAGCGAUUAUCCCGACGCAACAAUAUGCUAAUAAUACAAAACAAUCUCGACUGAAUCCAUUCGGUUUAACAAUCGUUGUUAAUUCAAAUGGAAAUGCUCACGGCGAUUUAUUCUACGACGAUGGAGAAUCGAUUGAUACGAUAAAAAAUCGAUCAUUUUAUUAUUCAACAUUUCAAUGGUCAUCAGCGAAGAAACAAUUAACAAUGAAUAUUCUGGAAAAUAAUUAUCUUUCAAUGUCAAAUUUAGUCUUAGAUACCAUCACAAUCUAUGGAUUGCAACACAUCCCAUCGAUUAUCAAUGUAAAUGAGAAACAAUUCAUUGCGAAAGUUCGACCAUUUACACAAAUUGUUGAUAUCGUUGGUUUAAACUUACCAAUGACAAAAAAUUAUACCUUUACAUGGUCAAAUAUAACAGUAAUGAACAUCGAAUUACCCGAGUCUAUGAUAAAAACGACCAAAUAUCGCGUCGAUUGUUUUCCUGAUCCUGAUGUAACUAGUAACGCAUGUUUUGCUCGCGGAUGUUUAUAUGAUUCAAAAACACAAUUCAACACUCCAUCUUGUUACGUUCCUAUCGAAAAGGGCGGCUACACAAGUUCAACGGUUACAAAUAUUUCAAAUUCAACAACACAAUACCGAUUGACACGUGUUGCGAAAAAACCAGUGCUGAUUCCGCAUGCGAGUGCAAAUGUAAAUUAUCGUCGAGAUCCUCGAAAACCUCCAUCGAAUCUGAAAGAGAUUGUAACAACUGAUCCGAAUGAAUUUUCCAUGUACGGUCAUGAUAUUGAUCAUCUGAAUAUGGAAGUGGGUGUAUCAGGAACGGAUAUGAUACGUUUGACAAUUCGUGAUGCUGAGAAAGAUCGAUAUGAAGUUCCUGUUCCAAUUCAAUGGCAACCGAUGGCUUUACCAGCGAAAAUCAAACCAAAAAUUCAAUUCGAAUUGGUAAAAACAUCAUUUGGUCAAGCAGGUUUUCGUAUUAAACGGACGGACACGCAUACAAUUCUAUUUGAUACUUCACUUUUUGCUCAUGGAUUAGUUUACGAUAAUCAAUUUAUUCAACUUAUCACAACAGUUCCUUCGAGAAAUGUUUACGGUUUUGGUGAGAAUACUCAUCCGACAUUUCGUCAUAUUCUACGAAAUUCAUCUCGUUAUGGAAUGUUCGCUCGCGAUCAACCACCUUUCGGACAAAAUGAAAAUCUUUACGGUACACAUCCGUUUUAUAUGUCGAUUGAACGCAACGGACAAGCUUUUGGAGUGUUUAUACUAAAUUCUAAUGCACAAGAUUACAAAAUUGAUGAAUUUGAAUAUGAUCAAUCGAAAAUAACCUAUCGAACGAUUGGAGGGAUCCUAGAUUUAUUCUUUUUCGCUGGUCCAAGGCCAGAAGAUGUCAUACGACAGUAUCAAUUAGUGAUUGGAAAUCCAUUUAUGCCACCUUAUUGGGCAUUAGGAUUCCAACUGUGUCGAUAUGGUUACGAUACACUUGAGAACAUGAAAGCAGCCAUGCAAAGAACUUUAAAUGCAAAAAUUCCAAUCGAUGUUCAAUACGGUGAUAUCGAUUAUUUUCAUCAACAACUUGAUUUUACUUGGGAUCAGAUACGUUUUAAAGGUUUACCGGAGUAUAUUGAUUGGUUGCAUCGACAAGGAAUGAGAUUUAUAACAAUUCUCGAUCCAGCUAUUGAUUCUGAAGAAUCGAAUUAUACAGUUUUCAGUGAAGGAGAGAAGCAAAAUAUUUGGAUUAAAUGGCCCGAACGAAGAAACGUUCAAUUUAAUGAAACGAAAAAUCGAAAUAUGCUUGGAUAUGUUUGGCCAUAUGGUAAAUCUGUCUUUCCUGAUUACUUCUAUCCAUCCACGAAAAUCUGGUGGAAAAAUCAAAUAUUAAAUUAUCAUAAAAAGAUUCAAUUCGAUGGACUUUGGAUCGAUAUGAAUGAGCCUGCAAAUUUUGAUACGAACAAAUUACAACCAUGGAAUUGGCCACACCCAGAUCCGUGGAAUCUUCAUUGUCCAAUCGAUGAAUCAUUGGAAAAUCCUCGAUACAAAACUGCAAUUUAUGGCGAUUACCUAUCGGACAAAACCCUCUGUAUGAUCGCCGAACAAACCGAUGGUCAAGGAAAGAUCUACAAUCACUAUGAUGUUCAUAAUCUAUACGGUUGGUCAGAGACUUUAGCAACAUUACCAGCGGCUCAAGCCACGAGCAACAAACGAUCAAUUGUUAUCAGUCGAUCAACAUAUCCAACAUCGGGUAGUUAUGGUGGCCAUUGGUUAGGUGAUAACACAUCCGGAUGGCCACAUUUGAAAUAUAAUAUCAUUGGAAUACUUGAAUUUAAUUUAUUUGGUAUUCCAUAUAUUGGUGCAGAUAUUUGUGGAUUUCUAGAAAAUCGAACGGAACAAAUGUGUCAACGAUGGAUGCAAUUGGGCGCAUUUAAUCCGUUUUUUCGUAAUCAUAAUGGUCUUCGUUUCGCUGAUCAAGAUCCCGGAAGUUUCUCUCCAGCUGUUAUCAAUUCGAAUCGUCGUGCUGUUGAAACACGUUAUCGGUUACUUCCAUAUUUAUAUACACUUUUCCAUCGUGUUCACGUUUCCGGCGGAACAGUUGUUCGUUCUAUGGCACAUGAAUUUCCAACUGAUUCGAUUUGUUGGUCACUCGAUGAACAAUUCCUUUGGGGUUCACAUUUAUUAAUCGCUCCUGUGAUUUAUGAGAAUCAUACAAUGAAAAAUGUUUAUUUACCAUCCAGAAACGAACGAUGGUUUAAUUAUUACACAGGUGAAGAACAGUUCACACUUGGAAACAUCACCGUUGCAGCUGAUUAUGAUUAUCUACCUUUAUUUUUACGUGGUGGAAUCGUUCUACCUCGGCAGAAUUCAGCGAUGAACACCGUUAAGUCACGAUUAACUCCAAUGAACUUACUCAUCGCACUCGAUCAAGAACAAAAGGCGGAAGGAAGUUUAUUUUGGGACGAUGGAGAAUCAAUCGAUACAUACGAAAGACUGAAAUACAAUUAUUAUUAUUUUAGUUUUCAUAUUCGAACAUUAACUAUUCUUCCGUGGACAUUUAAUUAUAAAAAAAUGAUUGAAGAAACGAAAUUCGAUGAAAUUACCAUCUAUGGAUUAAGAAGUUCUCCAGCGAAGAUCUUCUUGAAUUCCAAAGGAUUACCAAAGAGUAAAUGGAUCUAUAAUUCAUCGUCAAAAGUUCUUCAUAUGAAAAACUUAGCUUUGAAGAUCGGUUUAACACAUCAAUUUCAUUUUAAUAUUUAA